AUGCACUUAGUAAUUCAUGUCCUUCAACAACAGCUGAAGGUCUUUGAUAUGUUCAGCCAUAGUUUCUCCUUUCUCUCUUUCAAUACUUUCUUCUGGAAUAUGCAAUAUUUGGUCUCAACAGCACCUUCUUUUCUAAGCUUUGCUCUCACCAACUUUUCCUCCGCAGUCUCAACAAUUACUUCUCAUUUGAGCUUUGGUCUCACCAACAGUUUCUCUUCAGUCUCAAAAAUACCUUCUCAUUUGAGCUUUGGUUUCACCAACUCUUUUUCUUCAGCCUCAACAAUUCCUUCUCAUUUGAGCUUUGGUCUCACCAACACUUUCUCUUCAGUCUCAACAAUUGCUUCUCAUUUGAGCUUUGAUCUCACCAACACUUUCUGUUCAGUCUCAACAAUUGCUUCUCAUUUGAGCUUUGCUCUCACCAACACUUUCUCUUCAGUCUCAACAAUUGCUUCUCAUUUGGGCUUUGCUCUCACCAACACUUUCUCUUCAGUCUCAACAAUUCCUUCUCAUUUGAGCUUUGGUCUCACCAACACUUUCUCUUCAGUCUCGACAAUUCCUUCUCAUUUGAGAUUUGUUCUCACCAACAUUUUCUCUUCAGUCUCAAAAAUUCCAUUUCAUUUGAUCUUUGGUCUCACCAACACUUUCUCUUCAGUCUCAACAGUUCCUUCUCAUUUGAGCUUUGGUCUCACCAACACUUUCUGUUCAGUCUCAACAAUUCCUUCUCAUUUGAGCUUUGAAUAUUACAUCUAUCUAUCUAUCUAUGUCAUUCUGAAUGUAUCUAAUUUCAGUAUCUAUCUAUCUAUUUAUGUAUUUAUCUAUGUCAAUCUGAAACUAUCUAUGUAUCUAUCUCAGUUUAUUCAUAUCUAUCUAUCUAUGUCAAUCUGA